UAAUAAAUAAGGUACCUACGCGCUGUGUUACGGUUUAAUAACGAUCCGAAAAGGCCGUUUGGCAUUUCAAGUGCACACAUAAUUGUCCCGAUUGCCGAUCACUCCUCCAACUUUAAAAUUAUAUUUUUCUCUUUGCCUCGGUGAAACAACGUCCGAUUGAUCGCGCAUACCGAUCAACGCAACGUCACCGCAACCGAUCUUCUAGUCCUAAUUAACGGAACCACCUUAACUGCACCGUGGCCAGAUAAUCCCGGCGCGCGAUAAUCGAGUGUUCGCGAAAUUAUAAAAAUCUAUAUAGAUAUUUACCGAGAUAGGACCACGCACUGCAUAGGACCAGGCCAUUUUUACAGCGAUCGUCAGACCAACCUGAAGCCGUAAAACUGCACCAGACAACAAGAAAAAAAUAUGUUUUCCACAAAAUUUUUAAUCGCGUUUGCGCUUUACAGUCUGGUCUUGGACACCGCUUCGGGAAAACCGUUUGCCGAAGGACUGACGGCGUGCAAGAGAAGCGAUCCGAAAUUGGACGAAUGUCUGUUGAACAUGCUCAGACAGACUAAACCUCAGCUCAUGCAAGGUAACCCGGAACUGAAUCUGCCGCCGUUGGACCCUGUACACAUCCCCAGGGUUUCGGUGUACAAAAACUUGCAAGACAUCCGGGUGACUGGAGAGCUAUCCAACUUGACGGCUAAAGGAGCCAGUUUGAUUACUUUCAAAUCGUUAAAAGUCAAUUUGAGAGCAAAUACGUGGGACAUGGUCAUAGCGAUUCCCCUCGUCACGUUCGUCACGGACUUCGAUCUGAACGUCACGUUAAAAGUUAUUCCCAUGUCCGUCUUCGGAAAUGGACUGUGUGACGGGAAAAUCAGUCACAGCGUCGUUCGAUUUCACGCCAACACCGAAGUGAAAGACGGAAAAUUGAAGUUAAACGAUAUUAAAAUCAACCUGAACCUCGGCGACGUGGAAGUGCACAUCAUCAAAUCGCAAAACCCAGCAUUAGCACAAACGACUUCGCAGUUUUUCAACACAAACAAGCGCCUGGUUCUAGACUUGGUAACGCCGGUCGCCGAGGACGUGGUCCGACAGAUGUUGCUCCGGUUCGGCAACAGAAUUCUUUCCAAUGUGGAAAUCUCAGAUCUCUUGAUCGACUGAGUCGUCGACGUCUUCGAGGGAUACAUAGGGACGGUUAUGUGUCAUAUAUACGUGCAACAGUCAUUAUUAUAUUGUUAUAUUAUCAUUAAGCACCUUCCUAGACCUAAACAAGUACCACGGUAUUAUAUGUUAUUAUAGACUAUUCGAUUGCAGAGGCCCUAUUCGAUCUAAAUCCCAAUACUCCGAUAUAUGCGAUCGAGUAGGUAUUAUCACGGGUUGUAGUAUCACAAUUUGUUGUUUGUAUGAAUUGUAUGUGUCGCAAAACCCGUAUAAUAACAAUAACUUAGGAAUAUACUAUAGUAUGUCCAUUUUAGACACGAAACUACGUAACGCGUUUAGUCAUAUAGUGCGUAUAUAUGCAGACUUACAGUAUACCUAUACAAUAAUAUUAACAUUAGUACCGAUUAGGAAUACGUAUCGUUGUACAGUGUUGUGGUAUAUUAAUAUUAAUACUAAAUAUGAAUUAAGUUUAUAUAAUUUUUUUUUUUAGACUAUAUUUUUAACUGUAUUAUAGAGAUUUAUUAUCAUAAUAUGUAACCCGUGUAAUUUAUUAUUUAUUACAUGACAUCUUAACAAUAUAAACUUAUUUAUCGUAUAUUAUAAUAUAUUUUAAAUGGGGUGAUAAUUAUUGCAACACUUUUAUCGUCAA